GUGGCCCGAGGCAGCCAGGAUGCCAGCUCUCCCCAGGAACCGCGCCGCCUGCUGAGAGACAUGGUCAGCAAGUCCCGCUGGAAGCUCCUGGCCAUGCUGGCGCUGGGCCUGGUGGUCACGGCGUGGUACUCCAUCUCCCGGGAGGACAGGUAUACCGAGCUUUUUUACUUUCCCAUCCCAGAGAAGAAGGAGCCAUGCUUCCAGGGCGAGGCUGAGAGGAAGGCCUCUAAGCUCUUUGGCAACUGCUCCCGCGACCGACCCAUCUUCCUGCAGCUGAAGGAUUACUUCUGGGUCAAGACGCCGUCUGCCUACGAGCUGCCCUACGGGACCAAGGGCAGUGAAGACCUGCUCCUCCGGGUCCUGGCCAUCACCCGUCACUCUGUCCCCGAGAGCAUCCAGAGGCUCCGGUGCCGCCGCUGCGUGGUGGUGGGCAACGGGCACCGGCUACGGAACAGCUCGCUGGGGGGCACCAUCAACAAGUACGACGUGGUCAUCAGGCUGAACAACGCCCCCGUCGCGGGCUAUGAGGGCGAUGUGGGAUCUAAGACCACCAUGCGUCUCUUCUACCCUGAGUCCGCUCACUUCGACCCCAAAGCGGAGAACAACCCGGACACACUGCUCGUCCUAGUCGCUUUCAAGGCUAUGGACUUGCACUGGAUGGAGGCCAUCCUGAGCGACAAGAGGCGGGUGCGGAAAGGCUUCUGGAAGCAGCCUCCCCUUAUUUGGGACGUCAACCCCAAGCAGGUUCGGAUUCUCAACCCCUUCUUCAUGGAGAUAGCGGCCGACAAGCUCCUGAGUCUGCCGAUGCAGCAGUCGCGCAGGGCCAAGCAGAAGCCCACCACGGGCCUGCUGGCCAUCACGCUGGCCCUUCACCUCUGCGACCUGGUGCACAUCGCGGGCUUUGGCUACCCUGACGCCUAUAACAAGAGGCAGACCAUCCACUACUACGAGCAGAUCACGCUCAAGUCCAUGGCGGGCUCGGGCCACAACGUCUCUCAGGAGGCUCUGGCCAUCAAGCGGAUGCUCGAGAUCGGCGCGGUCAAGAACCUCACGUUCUUCUGAGCGGACAAGAGCUGGGCCACUGGCCGUCUGCUCCCGGUGGGGGAGCCCCGUGGCUGUGGGGUGCUCAGUGCCACUGUGACCCACUCAGACCCGCCUCCCUGAUUUGGGCACGGGUCCUGGGACUGGCCAGGCCUGACCG